AUGCCGCUGUAUGACGCUGACUUCGGCUGGGGCAUGCCCCGGCUCGUGACGCCGGUGGUGAGGAUCUUCGGCGGCAUGGUCUUCCUGCUGCCCCGUGGUAGUGACAAGGGGAGCGGAAUCACCGUGCUCGUCGCUCUGGAGCCCGAGUACCUGCCGGACUUCGAGAAGCUCUUGUACGACGUCGUGUGA